UCCCCAGGGCUAGACUGAGAGCUGCCGGAGGACGGUGUAGACGCCCCGCUACAGGCGUGGGGAAGAGGUUAGGCUGGCCGGGCACAAAAGGACGAGACUUCAAUUCCCGGAGGGAAGACCAACCGGGUGGACCCCUAACCUCCCGGAAGUGACGAUCCAGGGGUGAGCGGCGCCGCAGCCAGGCCUUCCCGAGCUGGGCCUGUCCGAGAGGGCCGCGCGCAGCAUGGCGGAAGCGGAAGGGAGUUCUCCGCUCCUGUCGCCGCCGCCGCCGCCCCCUCCUCGGAUGGCGGAAGUAGAAGCGCCGACGGCGGCCGAGACGGACAUGAAGCCGUACCACGGGUCCGGUGGCGUCGCCAUGGACGUGGAGCGGAGCCGCUUCCCCUACUGCGUGGUAUGGACUCCCAUCCCGGUGCUCACUUCACUCAUUGAGCAAAUGAAUGCUUCCUGGUCAUCUGCUAUAUGCAAGACGUUUUGCCUUUGGAAGCAAAAGUGGUUUUUCCCCAUCAUCGGCCACAUGGGCAUCUGCACAUCCACGGGGGUCAUUCGGGACUUCGCCGGCCCCUAUUUUGUUUCGGAAGACAACAUGGCCUUUGGAAAGCCUGCCAAGUUCUGGAAAUUGGACCCCGCCCAGGUAUACGCCAGUGGCCCCAACGCGUGGGACGCGGCUGUGCACGAUGCCUCUGAGGAGUACAAGCACCGGAUGCACAAUCUCUGCUGUGACAACUGCCACUCACACGUGGCCUUGGCCCUGAACCUGAUGCGUUACAACAACAGUACCAACUGGAACAUGGUGACGCUCUGCUUCUUCUGCCUCAUCUAUGGGAAGUACGUCAGUGUUGGCGCCUUCGUGAAGACCUGGCUGCCCUUUGUCCUUCUCCUGGGCAUCAUCCUGACCGUCAGCCUCAUCUUCAACCUGCGGUGAUGGCCCCGGGAGGCCCCGCCACCACCACCCCGGUCCCAGUUCUGCGGUGAUGGCCCCGGGAGGCCCCGUCACCACCCCGGUCCCAUUUCUCUUAUUGCCACCCUCAGACAGUUAGCUUCCUGGGUUGAAGUAGGGUCAGGGCUUGGGAUGGAAGUGCUGAGGUAGAGUGUGAGAUGAGGCCACUUAGAGCCUCCUUGUCCUCUCUCCCUGGGCUUGUGACCUCACCCUUGUGGUAUCCCCAUUGCUGUCCUGGGAAGGCCUUCCCUUAGAGCGCCUCCCGCCACAGUCACUGGGCUGUUUCUGCCAUGCCCAGGACACGGCGAGGACACGGUGGGCAGAGCUGGAUUUGAAGCUGCUUCUGGCCGGUUGUCAGGUCCAGAAGUGGGGUGUGGUGUUCUGAGAAGCGCUAUGAGCCAAGAGACUUGGAACCUUCUUCCUUCUCUGCUGGCCUAGAACGGACUCGAAGGGCUGGCUAGGCUCUUCCCAUGUCUCUAGAGCUGUGCCAUAGUGUGCACCCCAUCGCCCUAAUCUGGGCCCUGGCUAGCAAGGUGGACGGUCUUACGUGCAGAGUGGGUCCCCUGUAAAUCAGGUAAGGUGAAUCCCACUUGUUUCCAGCCCAGGGAUAGAACCCCUUAUGUCCAAAGUGUGAGUAACUCCAGAGCAGCUGGAGCGCCGUGGAUCGGCUGGCCCUACUUCCGGUUCCUGGCUCUACUUCCGGUUGCUGCUGUGGGCCCUGUGCACCUGCCUCACCCCGCUCCUUUAUAAGGGGCUCCCUGGCAGGAAAUAAAGUUUCAAGUCCA